AUGGUCCAUGCUGGCCACCAUCUCGUUCGCGUCCACGGCUGUCAACAACUUUGGGUCGAACUCUUUGAGCACGGUGAGCAUGUGGUCGACCGUCACAUGUCCGGUGGACUUCGGGUCGCCACGGACGCCGCCCACUGGUUGCCGGUGAUGUACCCGCGGCCGGUCGGGUCGUAUUCGUCGACCACGGUGAUGACGUCUUCGUCGGUCGCGUCCACGCCGACCGCUCGCAGCGCCGUGUACAUGUUCCUGAUGUUCAUCCGGCCGCUGCCGUCGCUGAACAUGGCGAAGGCGGUUUGCACCUCGGCCAACAGUUCCGCCGGCAGCGCGGGCCAGUGGGCGGCGGCGUCGUCGUCGUCCUCGCCGUCCUUCGACGGUUCCGCCUCGGGCCCGUGCUACCGGCAGAACUGUUGGCCGAGGUGCAAACCGCCUUCGCCAUGUUCAGCGACGGCAGCGGCCGGAAUUGUCAUCGUCGCCGAACGGUUCCGACGCAGAUGGCUGCCGUUCGGGUUCAGACAUGUCGAACGAUGGAAUGGUUUUUGUACAAUUUUUUUCUUCUCCGCGUUCGUUUUCAGUUUGCUUGUAAAAAUAUAUUUUGAUAUUAUGUACCUAGGUGUGUUUAUGAAAUACCUAGGUAACAAAUAUCACAGUUAA